AUGCGGCUCGCACUCCUUGCUGGCCUGGCCUCUUUGGCCUCGUCUGUCUCUGCUACUGCUCUGACCUACCGUCUCGAGGCUAAUGAGAAGGCAUGCUUCUAUACUGAGGUUGAACAGGCUAACGCCAAGGUGGCCUUCUACUUCGCGGUUCAAUCCGGUGGCUCCUUCGAUGUCGAUUACUCCAUCCUAGCUCCAGGCGACAAGAUCGUCGCUGCCGAAGAAAAGCAGCGACAGGGCGACUUUGUCUUCACGGCGCAGAGUAUCGGCGAAUACAAGUUCUGCUUCAACAAUGAGAUGUCUACGUUUGCCGAAAAGAUGGUUGAUUUCGAGAUUGCUGUUGAGAACGAGCAGCGUGCCCAACUCCCCUCCCGCCAGGGUGCCAGCCCUGAACAAACCACCAGCCUGGAGGAAUCCAUCUACAAGCUCUCCGCUCAAUUGUCCACAAUUUCCCGGAACCAGAAGUACUUCCGCACGCGUGAGAACCGAAACUUCAGCACCGUCCGCAGCACCGAGCGCCGCAUCUUCAACUUCAGCGUGAUUGAAUCGCUGAUGAUGGUUUCGAUGGCCGCUCUGCAGGUCUUUGUUGUGCGCUUCUUCUUCCAGGGCGCAAGAAAGGGUUACGUGUGA